AUGGAGGAAAUAGGAGGUGGCUCUAGUGAUGAAGCAAGGAAUUGUCAUAGAGGGCACUGGAGGCCAGCUGAAGACGAGAAACUCCGGCAGCUUGUCGAGCAAUAUGGCCCUCAAAAUUGGAAUUCCAUUGCUGAAAAACUUCAAGGAAGAUCAGGUAAAAGUUGCAGAUUGAGAUGGUUUAAUCAGCUCAACCCAGGAAUAAACAGAAGGCCAUUUACUGAAGAAGAGGAAGAUAGGCUUCUUAGAGCUCAUAGAAUACAUGGAAAUAAGUGGGCACUUAUAUCUAGAUUUUUUCCAGGUAGAACAGACAAUGCUGUUAAGAAUCAUUGGCAUGUCAUUAUGGCCAGAAAACAAAGAGAACAAUCCAAGAUUUCUGGUAAGAAAAUUUAUCAAGAAUUUGCAACUAAUGACUCCAAAUCUCAUUCCAAUGUUGUUGGACAAAAUAAUUCUAGAUUCCCAAACAGUGGGAUUCUUGAAUUCCAUAAACAAAACGAAGAUAAAAUCUUUACUCUUUCAUCCUCCUCUGGUUCAUACAUGUCGUUGCCCUCUACAAGCCUUUUGACGACGUAUAAUUUAUCUUCUGCUGCUGAUAUUACUACAAGAAAAGGUAGUAAUCAGUACAGUUUUAGCUCUGGCAGUUCAUUCCACGGACAUUCUGCUGUCUCAAAUUCCUUCGGUUAUUUGGAUAGUCCUUUUGUCAGUAAAAAACAUGGGAUAAUCAAUAAAGAAUUUAUGCAAAAUGGUGCUAAGACAGGGAAAACAAUUGCGCACCCAGAAGAGGAAUCAAUCCAAAAGAAAAAUCUUCCCUUCAUAGAUUUUCUUGGUGUGGGAGUCUCAUCUUGA